UCCGCGCCACCCUGGGCUUGAAAUGCUGAGGCAGACGAGCGGUUUAUUUUUGGGUCAGUGACAGUGUGUCAAUGGCCGCAGAUGCGUCGCAAAGGAAGGCUCUGAGAUACCAACAGACCCUGCUUUAUGGGGAAUACCAUGAGCAUCCGGGUUCUUCCCGUCGGAGAGAGGCUACUCGCUUGUUGACAGAGAGACAAUGGAAGAAACAACACCAUCACCACGGCCACCAUCACCAUGGCCACCGUGGACACAGCCGCAGCCACCAUGGCCGGCAUCACAGCCGCCACCCCGACACAGAGGCCGACGCCGGAAAAAGCCCAAAAUCCGAACAUGGCCACAUGUCGUCGCUGAAGAAGCGGCGAUCCUAUUCUAAGUGUAGAGACUGUGUGGCACGUGUGCAGAGGUUCCUGGUUUCCAGAUUGGGUGAGGACUGGAUCUUCCUGGUGUUGCUGGGUAUUACUAUGGCUUUGGUCAGCUGGAGCAUGGACUAUGCUAGUGCUAAGAGUCUACAAGCUUACAAGUGGAUCCAUACUGAGCUGCGGGGUAAUAUUCCAUUACAGUAUCUGGCAUGGGUCUCGUAUCCAAUGAUCCUCAUCAUGUUCGCCUCUUUCUUCUGCCACCUGGUGGCACCCCAGGCUAUAGGCUCUGGUAUCCCCGAGCUGAAGACCAUCCUGCGAGGUGUGAUCCUGAAGGAGUAUCUGACACUCCGGGCAUUUGCUGCAAAGGUUGUGGGCUUGACGGCCGGCCUGGGCAGUGGCAUGCCUGUAGGCAAAGAGGGUCCUUUUGUUCACAUAGCCAGCAUCUGUGCUGCUUCGCUCAGCCAGUUCAUGACUUUCUUCUCGGGGGUCUACCAGAGCCCCUAUUGUUAUACUGACAUCCUGACCGUGGGAUGUGCUGUUGGGGUGGGAUGCUGUUUCGGGACCCCCCUUGGAGGGGUGCUGUUCAGUAUAGAGGUCACCUCUACCUACUUUGCUGUGAGGAAUUACUGGAGAGGAUACUUUGCAGCUGUGUUCAGUGCCUUCAUAUUCAGAGUGCUCUCUGUAUUUAACAAAGAUGCAGUCACCAUCACUGCUCUCUGAGGGCCAGUGACCCGCUGUGUGCACAUGGACUUCCUUCCGUUCCCCGACCCCCUGCAGGAGCUCCCGGCAUUUCUGCUAGGCAUCUCCUGUGGGUUCCUGGGAGCCUUCUUCGUGUAUCUGAAUCGGCAGGUGGUGCUGUACAUGAGGAAGCCCAACACACUGACGCGCUUCCUCACCAGACAUCGGCUGAUAUUCCCCGGGUUUGUUACCCUAGUGAUCACCACCUUGACCUUUCCUCCUGGGUUUGGACAGUUCAUGGCUGGAGAGUUAAUGCCCAGGGAGGCCAUCAACUCUCUGUUUGAUAACUUCACCUGGACCAAGGUGUGGGGGAACCCACCUCCACCUGGCCUGGGGCGAUCUGCCGCCUGGCUGCACCCUGAUGUCAACGUGUUUGUCAUCUUGCUUCUGUUUUUUGUCAUGAAGUUCUGGAUGUCUGCUGUGUCUACCACCAUGCCCAUCCCCUCAGGAGCCUUCAUGCCUGUCUUUGUCCUGGGUGCAUCGUUUGGGCGUUUGGUGGGAGAGAUUAUGGCCUCGCUCUUCCCUCAUGGCAUCCUGUUUGACGGAAUCCUGUACCGCAUCAUCCCUGGAGGGUAUGCUGUGAUUGGUGCCGCAGCAUUGACGGGGGCCGUCACUCACACCGUCUCCACAGCAGUGAUCUGCUUCGAGCUGACGGGUCAGAUCUCGCACAUCCUGCCCAUGAUGGUGGCGGUGAUCCUGGCCAACAUGGUGGCCCAGGGCCUGCAGCCGUCCCUCUACGACUCUAUCAUCCAGGUGAAGAAGCUGCCCUACCUGCCCGAGCUGGGAUUUGGACACAUCAGUCAGUAUAACAUCUUUGUUGAGGACAUCAUGGUCCGGAAGGUAAAAUUCGUCUGUUCCCAGACAACGUGCCGAGAGCUGCUUUAUCUCCUGGACUCUGUAUCCCUGAAGACCAUCCCUCUGGUGGACUCCAGAGAAAACAUGAUCUUAUUGGGCUCUGUUGACCGGUCGGAGCUGCUGGCUCUUUGCGAUUGGUGGCUAUCUGCCGAGCGGCGAAUCAUGAUGCACAGCCAGGGCCUGCAGCAACAGGAGUCCUGCGUCAGGGCCAGCUGGGAGUCCUUCGCCUUCGUGGACGAGGAGACGGACGACAACGGAGACAAAAAUUACCCUAUCCAGGAAGAGCGAAAUGGCCCUUUCCCUUCACCGAAACCCACAGAACCAGCAGCCAAUCACACGACUCCUGAUAAAGGCCCUCUGCAGUCUGUGAGAAGAACUCUGAGGAAUAUCUUCUCAUCCCCCUCAGACAGACAAACAGAAGGUCAGACACAGGACAUCUCUCCUCCAGCCUUGACUGACUCCAUGACUCCAGAAGAGAUCAAAGCGUGGGAAGAGGAGCAGAUGGACGAGCCCUUAGAGAUCGAUCAGAUCCGCAUCGACCCUUCGCCCUUCCAGCUGGUGGAGAGGACGUCGCUGCAUAAGACUCACACAUUGUUUUCCUUGCUGGGCCUGAGUCACGCAUACGUCACCAGUAUUGGGAAACUGGUCGGGGUUGUGGCACUCAAGGAGCUCCAGAAAGCCAUCGAGGGGUCGACCCGCAGCGGCGUGAGACUCCGCCCCCCGCUGGCCAGCUUCCGGGACCCCGGCCGCAAGUCAGCCAAGCCGCACACCUCCACCUCCUCCCCCUCCUCCCCGACCUCCCCGACGGACCCGACGUCCCCGUUCUCCCCCGCGCUCACCCUUCACCCUCCCCCCGCCACCCCCACCCCCACCCCGGCCCCGCCCGUGCCCGCCCCAGCGGAGGAGAUGGAGGUGUGGAUCGAGGGCGUGCGGCAGGUGCAGGUGGAGAGCACCAGCAGCAGCAGCAGCAGCAGCAUCAGUGGCAGCAGCAGAAGCCUCAAUAGCGCCGGCAGCGGCACCGGCACCGGCAAUGGCGGUGACAGAGAGGGAGGUGACCCCUCGCAGGUGCCCCCCACGCCUCCGUCGCCCUCCACCAUCCCCCUCUCUACCCUGCAGCCCGUCCCCGAGGCUCUGCUGGAGGAGAGCGAUGAGGAGGAGCCCAUCUAACUCAUCGGGGAGGGGGGUGAUGAGAUGUGAUGUCUUGUUUAUUUUUUACUUUUUAAGUUUUUUUUUUUUUUUUUAUCAUGUUGGAAAGAUUUUUGUUAAAUAAUCUUGCUUUCUCUAUUCUCAGAUUGUAGUUGGAUGAGUUUGAAGUCUUGAGUCUUUUGUGGUUCAAUUGGGUUAUUUCUGAACGAGAUGGAUCAUUCUAGAUUUUGUUUUCUCAUUCUAAAAGAACGCCUUAAAUGUCACAUGCAUCAAACCAUAUUUUGUUACCUGUGAAUUAGUAUGAUCAGAAAUACCAUCACUUUAAGGCAAAAGUAGCUAAAAGAGAUUAAAUACAUUAUCUAAUACAAGAAAGGACAGUCGAAUUAUUAUCAUUAGAACACAAUCAAAUGAAAGGAAAGCAUAAAUAUCUCAAAUGAAGUUGCACCCAUAUCACAGAAAACUCAAGAGAAACUAAACUCAUUCUUAUUCAUUAUUGUUGUGAUGUAUGUGAGUGAAUGGAUCAGUUGAGAUCCUGUCCUGCUUGAGAAACGUUGAAGGCAUUCGAGAAACCUGUACUCAGGUUGGUCUGGCUUUUUUAUAUGGUUGUUUGAUACGUAGCAUUUGAGUUGCAUGGAUUUUUUUUUUUAAUCACAAGAUUUCGCCUCCCAGAUUCAUACAAUUAAUAUUCGUAUAUUGAUCCAUAAAAGUACCUCUGUAUAGACUUGGUAGCUAUUAAAUAUCCACAAUCCACUGGAUUCUCUUUCAACAGUUUUAUUGAACACGUAGGCCUACAUGAUGCUGAGAUGGAGAGGCAUCUUGACCAUAACAGUUAUUCUGUCACGAAUGCUAUGGCCGUCUAAAGAGCAUAGUUUAAUUUAUCGCAAAUUAUGUAUCCGGAUGAAGUGUACAGUACUAUCACUGUCAAGUGCAGUGAAGCAUAAAUGUCAAAAACUGAAAAAUCUUCUAGCUCCAUGCACUCUGUCCGGGUUUGAAAAUGGAGGUGAAAAAAAUGCCUUAGUAAAUAUGAACAGGGAUUUUUGUCCAUUCCAACUCCACGCUCCACUUAAAUUCCUGUGUCUGGCACUGAGAUUGAAAUGGAGAUCAGUUUCUCUUCUGACAAUGACAAAUCCUGUGUGUCCAUCAGUAUGCUGAUGCUUCUUCUUUACGUCUGCAGGUGAAUCUCUCACAUUUUCUUUGUGAAAGGAGGUAUUUGAAAUGACCUGUCCUCUGUAAAAAAAAAACAUCCUCACAGCCUAAUUUAUAUAAUCCAUGAAAGUAAAGCAUAACUAGUAUUUUACCUGCAUUCUUUACAUACUGUAGAAUUAAUAAAAGAAAUGCUUGGUUUGGUUUUAGAGGAAAUGGAGAGAUCUGACGAUGACAGCAUUUACUUUGUAGGCUGAACCAUCCCUUGAAAUCCCAUUAGAGAAAAAUCCUUUCAAGUCUUCUUUCAGCUAUCAGCCUUUUUCAACAAAGUGCUCUUAACCUUGAGUCGAUUCUCAAAAGAUCGAUACAAUCUUUGAUAAAAAAAAACUUUAAAAAAAACUGACGACGUAUGAUAACCCAUGGUUCUCACCACUCAAGGUCUGCCCUCCACAUACAAACUAUGUGACAGGUGUAAAAUCAGUAUAUACAGCAGGGAUGAAAUGUGGAAGAACCAAAGAGUGGUUAAAAGUGUUAGUGUUAAAAGGUGAGGUUGUGUCCAUCUGUGGCUUGCUGCGGUCAUUUGGCUGUGAGAGGUGAAAGGAUACUCUGCCAUUUCAAAGAUCAGAAGCUGCCACAGCUGGAAAGGGGGGGGCAGUGUUUAUCUAGACCUUACAAGGACAUUUGCUCUCUUUUCGUGAUCUCUCUCUUACUCUCUCUCUCUCUCAUGUCCUCUCUUUCCUCUCUCACACAUUCAUACAUUCACAUUCUCUGUUUCAUGUUUUCUCUUUCUCUCUCUCAC